ACAAAAUUUUCUCUUCACUUCUAAUUUUCUCUACUACAAGUCAUUUCUUGUACUACAAGCUACACUUUUGCCUCAUUUUGCAAUGGAAAUUGUACCCCGAAAACUAAACCCUAGAGGCGAGCGCCACCAAUUUUCAUCGUCGGAUGAUAAUGCAAUGCUGAAACAAAUUCAGGCUACUCAUUCUCCCGACGGACGCGAAUUCGCCGUUAAGCCUCUUCUUCAUGUGGUUGAAGAUGUUUUUCAACGUGCUUCUAUGCCCUCUGGAUUUGCUCACAUUGUUCAGCAUCAAGGAGCUCAUCAGGAACCACAAAUUGAUGGAUUGGAUGAAAAAAAUCUCCAAAAUGGAUUCUAUGAAAUGCUGGAAUAUCUGUCUUACACUAUCAACAAAAUAUCCUGCGAGCUAUCCUGCAAGUGUUCUGGCGGUGGAGAUGCUCAUUCUACAACACUCUCAAUAUUCAAUGUGCUAUCAAGCUACUCAUGGGAUGCAAAAAUUGUGCUAGCCUUAUCAGCUUUUGCAGUGAACUACGGAGAAUUCUUGCUAGUAGCUCAGCUUUACCUAACCAAUCCUCUGGCAAAAUCUGUUGCUCUUCUGAAGCAGUUGCCCGACAUACUUGAGCGCUCCGACGCGUUGAAACCGAAGUUCGAGGCGCUGAACAGCCUGAUGAAGGCUAGUUUAGAUGUUGCAAAAUGCAUUGUGGAGUUUAAGGAGCUACCGUCUCAGUAUAUCAGUCAUGAUGUUCCCGAAAUGUUAAUUGCUACUGCUCAUAUUCCUACUGCUACUUACUGGACCAUCAGGAGUAUUGUGGCUUGUGCCUCUCAGAUUAUUGGACUCAUUGGCAUGGGUCAUGAGUACAUAGCAUCAACAACAGAAGCUUGGGAGCUAUCAAGCUUGGCACAUAAGGUCCAAAGUAUUCAUGAACAUCUCAUGAAGCAGCUCACUCAAUGUUACCAUAUAAUCGAUGAGAAAAGGCAUAUAGAAGCAUAUCAGACGCUGAUACGCCUUUUCGAAACGAGCCAUGUUGAUAACAUGAAGAUUCUUAGAGCUCUGAUUUAUGCUAAGGAUGAUCAAUUACCACUUUAUGAUGGUCACACCAAAAGAAGGGUUAAUCUCGAUGUGCUUCGGAGGAAAAAUGUUCUGCUAUACAUUUCAGACCUUGAUUUACCUCAUGAAGAGCUUUCAAUGCUCGAACAAAUGUAUACUGAAGCUAGGCAGCAUCCUGCGAGGACCGAGAGUCAAUACGAGGUAGUGUGGCUACCCGUGGUGGACCGGUCAUCAGCGUGGAAUGAUGUAAAACAGAGCCAAUUUGACGCUCUCCAGUCAUUGAUGCCAUGGUAUUCGGUCUAUCACCCUUCGCUGCUCGACCCAGCGGUUAUUAGAUACAUCAAGGAGGUCUGGAAAUUCAACAAGAAACCAUUGCUGGUCGUGUUGGACCAUCAAAAAGUUGUGAAUCAAAAUGCUAUUCACAUGAUGUGGAUUUGGGGUAGCGCAGCUUUCCCUUUCACUAGCUUCCGCGAGGAAGCGCUCUGGAAAGAGGAAAGCUGGAGAAUUGAUUUAUUAGCGGAUGCCAUUGAUCCAAACAUCCCCCUCUGGAUACAACAAGGUAAGCACAUAUGCUUGUAUGGAGGAGAGGACAUAGAUUGGAUCCGCAAAUUCACCGUAACAGCAGACGCAGUAGCACGAGCUGCAGGCAUCCAGUUAGAGAUGCUAUAUGUCGGAAAGAGCAAUCCGAGGGAGACUGUCAGGAAAAACAACAUAAUCAUUCAAAACGAGAAUCUGAGUCAUGUACUUCAAGAUCUUACACUAAUAUGGUUCUUUUGGGUAAGACUAGAAAGCAUGUGGCAUUCCAAGGUACAACAAAACAGGACAGUGGAGAACGACCCGAUAAUGCAAGAGAUCGUAACGAUGCUAAGCUUCGACGGAAGCGAUCAGGGAUGGGCUGUGAUCAGCAAAGGAUCAGGAGGAGGUCCCGAAGGACAAUUGGCGAAAGCAAAAGGCGGUGAUAUACUAAACAGUUUUGAGGAUUUUCAGUCAUGGAGACAGAUUGCUGAGGAGAUUGGUUUUGUGCCUGCAUUGCAAGAAUAUCUUCACGGGCAUCAUAAUCCGCAUCACUGCAACAGGUUGAUUCUGCCGGGAACUACCGGAAGUAUUCCCGACAAGGUUGUUUGCGCCGAGUGUAACCGUCCGAUGGAAAAGUUCAUUAUGUAUCGCUGCUGUACUGAUUGAUGAGGCCUGGCAAUUUGUUGCUCUAAGCUGCUUUUGAGUUACCUUCUGAUUUAUAUGUACUUCUGUUUGUUCAUUAUAUUUCUUGCAAGUGUAAUAAGUACUUAUGAUUCUGCAGUUCGUGUAAGUACUUACGUUCCAACGUUUUGUUUAUGUAAUUCAUGCUUCAGCAUUUUGUUUAUGUAUAAUUUCAAUUCAAUAAAACUAUAGUACAAAAUUUAAA